AUCAAACUCGAUCGUAUAUAUAUAUUCUACAUCAUCAAAAACUUUCUCAAUAAAUUAAUUAAUAUAUAAUGGCCGGAAUCAUGAAGCCACUCUCUGCAAUAUUCCUCGUCGCCGCCGUGCUGAUCGCGGCGGUGUCUCCGCGAAGCGAGGCGGCGAUCACUUGCGGCACGGUGGUGAGUCGGCUGACGCCGUGCCUGCCGUACGUCACCGGCAAGGGUCCGAUCGGGAAAUGCUGCGACGGAAUCAAAGCUCUUCAUGAGAGCGCCACGACGACGGAGGAUCGUCAGAGCGUCUGCGGCUGCCUGAAAAGCAUGGCCACCGCGUACCCCGGCGUCGACUACGGCAAGGCCGCCGGACUACCUAAAGAAUGUGGCGUCGACGUUCCCUACGUCAUUAGCCCUGACAUUGAUUGCUCAAAGGUGAAGUGAUGAGAUUAUGGACAGGGAGAAUAUGGAUUUCUGGCAGCAGUGGAAUUAUAUAUAUAUAUAUGUGUAUUACAAUAAGUAAAUAAAAGAGUUUGGUAUAGAAAAUAUGAUGUUUAAUUUUCCUUUGUGGAGAUGUUGCUAAGAAAGUGUACGUACUAGGCAGAUUUUUAUAUGAAGGAAUGUAUAAUUAUUUUCUAGUGUAU